AAGUCUCUGUAAGAAUUUUAUCUUCAGAAUUCAUUGUUGUGUUUUUGGUCCCUGAGGGUGAGUGGGCAGGUGGGGAUUAUUUUCAUCACAGCAAAUCAUAGCUUGGAGAAAGGGAAACUGCCUCGAAUCAGGCAGAAUUUAAGAGGUUACCACAGUUUCUGUGUCAAGAGGGAGGACGUGAACUUAUUUGUUCUUGACUCAUAGAAUUGUUGAUUUGGAAUAGUAAGGGACCUUGGAAGUCAUCUACUUCCAUCCUGAUUUUAAAGAUGAAACGGGGCUACAGAGAUGUAAAGUGAUUUGUCCCAGGUCCCUCUGGAGGUGAAUUCGGGUCCUUCUCCAAAUCCUUAGCUCUUUCCUCUAUACCUCCGUGCCUCCAAGCCUAAUCCUCUAUUCUUUUAGAAUGAUGAAGGAAAUUAAAAUCCCUUCUUGAGGGCUGGCUAGGUUUGGGGGUUGUCUAUUGUUUUCGCGGUGUUCAGUGUUUACCCUUGACUUUCAGUUCUGUCUCUGACGCUGUGGCUAUAUAGGUUUUUACAUUCUGUCGGGUUAGUUUGCUGGCUUAGACUGCUAGUAUCUUGAGUUUGAUUAGGCCCCUAAAACCCCAAUUCGUAGUUGCCGAGUUGGACGAGCCUUUCCCGGCUUCUCUCCCCCUCACCCACCGGAGAAUCACUCCGGGACGCUCAAAUAUGGGGGGGGGGGCGAGGAAGAGAAGGGAGCUUGUUUUCCAAGCGUCCCCCGGAAACAGAGCUAGUGGGGAAGGAGAAGGAAACCAGGACGCCCGGCGCUUGCGCCGUAAGGCCGUGCUGUCGGGGCGGACGUGGGGGCGUAAGCGUGCGGGGCGUACCCUGCCUGUCUGCUCUCGGGAGGCGGCAGGUUGCAGUUUUUGUUUGGCCCGCGGUCCUUCUGUUGCUGGCUUCUGGGGGUCCGGAAGGAGGAGCGGCCGUAGCAGCGGCCCUUGAGCGGCUGAGUCCUAACUUGUCCCUGGGGUCAAAAGGAAGGGGCUGCCGUAACUGGGCGCGGGGCCGGGGCCAGAGCAUGGGGGAACGAGUCGCCGGGCCGGGCCCAGCCCCCUGCUGUGCUCUCUACUGCUGGGCGGACCUCGAAGCUUUGAACCGGGCCCCCGCCCACGGGCGACCCGGGUUGGCAGCAGCAUGAGCCUCCCUGCCGUCUAGAAUUGCCUCCGCCUCCUCCAGCCCCAUCACUCCCCACUUCUGGUCCCCGCCCCCCCCCUCCACCCCCCUGCGUCCUGAGGUGAAUGGGAGCUCAGAGCUGAGGCCCGGCACCCGCCCCCCGCCAUGGCUCAGGAGAAGAUGGAGCUGGACCUGGAGUUGCCAACAGGCACUGACGGGGUUGGCCUGCGGAGGUCCAACAGCGCACCACUCAUCCACGGGCUCAGUGAUAAUUCACAAAUAUUCCAGGCUGAUAUGUUAAGAACCAGAAGGAACAGCACUACAUUUUUAAACCGGCACAACCUGUUGCCACCAUCCUCUCCUCUUCGAAUCCCUAGUAGCCGGAUUCAUCAGAUAAAACAGGAAGAAGGGAUGGAUAUGCUGAACAGGGAAACUGUGCAUGAACGAGAAAUUCAAACUGCAAUGCAGAUAAGCCAAACAUGGGAAGAAAUUCUUACCUUGAAUGAUGAUGGAGAGAAGACAUCUUCUCCAAGGCGUGUUGAUUUUAUUCCAGUUUCUCCUUCCCCUUCACCCACCAGAGGAAUUGGAAAGCAGUGCUAUUCGCCUUCACUACAGACCUUUGUUGCCAGCAAUGGGAUGCCUCCUAGCCCGAUUCCUAGCCCAACUAGACGAUUUGCUACCAGGAGGAGUCAGAGUCCCAUCAACUGUAUCAGGCCAAGUGUGCUGGGACCCAUAAAGAGAAAAGGUGACAUGGAAAAUGAAGAUCAGCCAAAGAGAUUCUUUCAAGGCACCAGUAGCAGUCUGCUCUCUCCUGAAGCUCCAUCAAUUCCUGACAUGUGAUGGUCUGGUCAUUUGCAGACUUUUCUCCUACAAAAUGCACAUUCAAAAUCUCUUGACUUCUGUUUAAAGUGGGUGGCCUUUUCUUCUCUCAGUCUGCCUUCAGAUGCUCUUGAUGGAAACGGCAGCAGUGCUGGAUCUUCUUGUAACUCGCCAGCUAAAGUCAGCACUACCACCGACUCUCCUGUGUCACCCUCUGAUUCGGUCUCUCCAUUUGUCCCCGUAGAUGAGCUUUCAUCUAAGUGAUUCACCACUCCAAGAGUUGUUUUUGUGAAGGAGAGAAAAAUCCAGUUGGGGCAAUAUGGUAGAAUUGUAUGGUGUAAUUUGGGCUAUUUCCUCUUUUAUAUUUUUCCUCUUAGCAUUAUCAAAAAAUGUUGUUGUUUUAGAGAACUUCCAUAUUCAGUUCCUGAGGAUAAGUUCAAUAUAAUCAUCUUUUCAAAAAUGUCUUUGAAAUGAGGAGUAUGUUGAUGCUAUAAACAUACAUCUUUUAAGCUGCUAAUAUAUCUCUAUACCUAUGUCAUCCCUUGAUUUUUUUUUUAAUGAGAGUGCUAUUUAUUUAUGGGGAUAGUAAGUUCUGAUGGAGUAUAAUUGUUGAAUCAGUAUCACAAACUGAUGUUUGAAAAUGACACUUUGUGCCCACACUAGUUCUUAAUGAUGAUAUUUUCAGUAAUUGCUAGCCUUCACUUAAAAAAGAAACAUAGCCAACCUAUCAAAAGCUAUUUUUUUAAGUAAGCUAAUUAUAACAUACUAAUCUUAUUAUUGUCUAUUUUACACAGGAAUCCGAAGAUAUUUACUUUGUUUGGGGGAGGGAAAGGAGUAAUAUACGGAGGAAAAAAAUCCUAAAUGAAUAACAAAAGCAAAAUGUUUAAUUGGGGCUUUGGGCCAGUAUUCAACUUGUGUUUUACCUUGAUCAAUUUUGUAUUUAUGUGUGAAGGAAGAACCAAUGUUGAUUAGUUAUAGCCUUAUUCAUUUUUGGUAAUUCCUUUUAUUUCUAAUGACUGCUGUUUUGACUAAAUACAGUUCCUACAUGUAAUGGAUUUUCUGUGAGAAUUACUUACUUUUUCCCCUAAAUGAUUGUAAAUAUUUUUUAACCCCAAAUGUUUUGCCAUCUAAAAAUCUUAAGAUUUUUUUAAUAGAAAAAGAAUAGCCCUAGCAAAGUGUUAAAUUUUAAAAAUAAGUGCUUUGAAUCAUUGCUGACAGUUAACAUUCGAUUUAAAAAUAGAAAGGAAAUUUCCUGAAUUAAGUUAAGAAUAGAUUGAAAUGGACUUAGUUAAUCAAUUAUGAACAGUUCUUACAAAACACAUUUCCUUUACAAAGGAAAUACUAGAACAAUGAUUUAGUUUUUCUCUCAAAUGGGAAAAGACACAGGUGCAGAAGACUGUGUUGCAAAAGCCUUAAAGGCAUUCACCAUAAGAGUCUAAGUGAGAAAGGAUUCUCUCAGUCUAUGGAUAGAUGUAACCACAUACUCCUAAGUAUGCACCAUUAAUCAUGAUGGACUUCUGAGAUGGGAAUAGUAUUCUACUAAUGAACAACUACAAGUAAAUGGGACUGGUAGCAUAGUGUUAGUGAUGCUUUAGCUUCUUUAUUUCCCAGGUCUUCGAUUUAUUUUACAUAAAGAGAAGGGAAUUAGAGGGGCUUUUGCUACAACUAGAUCUGAUAGCACUUCUGUACCUUGUGAAAUAAUAAAAGUAAAGUAUCCAUCGAAUCAAGACAGAAAAGGUUCUUCUACGGCAAUGAUGCACUUUCACAGACUCGGGGAGAUGAAACCAUGUUCCAGAACAAAAACCACUGAAGACAGAUGGAGUGAAUUUUGAGGGUGAAAACACCGCUAUAAGAAAUCUUGUAUAAAUUCAUAUGCUAAGUAAUCCAUUAUUACAUGCUUAUAUAUGUAGGGGGUACUCAUAAUUUGACCCCUCUAGGAAAGAGUUUGCUUCCGUAAUCGUAACUAUAUUUCACUCAAUUUUUCACUCGCUUCAAGUUAGUUUAGACUUCUAUAUUAUGUGCUAGAAUAACAUAACUCACUACAGUAUGCUUGAUGUGGCAUUUGUGAAUACUCCUGUUGUCGACUUUUCAUUCUUGAUUAAACAUUGCAAUUGUUGCCUUUUGAGCUUGUGUAAUGGAAGGAGCCUGUUUUUCUCUCUUAUAAAGACUUUCCCUCUCUUGAUAGUCAACCCAAAAGAAUUGCUUACCUUUGACCUACUGUUUUUGUGGUUGGUUCCUUUGAGUACAGUAAGGCUGUAGUUUAUCUUAAACAUGCCAAAGACCUGUCGUGUCACUCUUCUUUAGGGAAGACUGAUUCGAGGGGGUUCGACUUUGCUUGGCUCAUUUUUUCUGAAGGAGUCUCUUACUAUCUAAUCUCUAACUCAUCUUACAGACUCAAGAACAUUGAGAGCUAGUUGUGCUGUGUAUAUGUGUCGGCGUGUCCUCUUUCUGUUAUAUUUAUGCUAGUUUUCAAAAUGCUAAUAAAAAUUCAAAUGAAAGAGAAA